AGGCGCUCUUUUUUCUCUUUUCUCGGGCGAUAGUAGAAUGCUGGCUUGAUUGGCUAUGGCGGCUUCCAUUCGAUGCCCUAGUUUCAAUCCGUCCACAGCUCUUCGCCUGGAAGAAUCGUCGGCAUCGUCAUCCGUGGUCGCGGCGCCAUCGGCCACAGCAAUCCAGGUGAGAUUUCGCCGGAUCCGUCCAGCAGCAGCGGCAUUGAGCAGCAUUUCUUGUUGCGAUCCGGGGAGGUGUAGCUGUAGGGUUUAUAGCGCUUUGCCAGGUUUUUCACAUAGGGAAUGGAUCUCUAGAAAGGAUUUCACGCAUUGGAGCAGCAGACCGUCGAGAAGGAGAAUGGCUUCCAGUGCUCUAUCGCCGGGGGAUGAUUUGCCAGACGAGUAUGAGAAGGAUGAUCCUUCAAAGAAGGCCAUGCCCAGAAGAGCUGGGAUUAUUUUGCAUCCUACUUCAUUGCCUGGACCCCAUGGGAUUGGAGACCUUGGUCCAGACGCUUUUAGAUUUCUCGAUUGGCUCGAGUCUACUGGAUGUCGCAUUUGGCAGGUUCUGCCAUUGGUACCUCCUGGGAGAAAAGCCGGAGAGGAUGGAUCGCCUUACGCUGGACAAGAUGCUAACUGCGGGAAUACUCUUCUGAUCUCGCUGACUGAACUCGUCAAAGAUGGUCUUCUGGAAGAAGAAGAUAUUCCUGAGGCUAUACCUGUCGAGAAAAUUAACUAUGAAGCUGUAGCCGAGCUCAAGGAUCCAUUGAUCCAAAAGGCUGCAAAGAAUUUGGUGCAAAAUGGAGGUUCUUUGAAGAAGGAUCUCGAAACUUUUCGAAAGAGCCCCCAAAUUGCAUCCUGGCUGGAAGAAGCUGCUUUAUUUGCAGCUAUAGAUUCACAUCUCGAUGACGGAGCCUGGUGGCUAUGGCCAGAGCCUCUACGAGAUAGAAACCCUUCGGCACUAGAUAAAGCUCGGAAAGAGCAUAAAGACUUUAUUGACGUUUUUAUUGCGCAACAAUUUUUGUUUCAAAAGCAGUGGCAAGCUUUGCAUACGUACGCAAAUGAAAGAGGAAUCAAGAUUAUUGGCGACAUGCCGAUUUACGUAGGAGGUCAUAGUGCUGAUGUUUGGGUCCAUCGGACACAGUUUAUGAUGGACGAAAAAACAUGCGAACCCGUUCUAGUUAGCGGUGUUCCACCUGACUGUUUUAGUGAAACUGGCCAGCUAUGGGGAAGCCCUUUAUACAACUGGAAAGCGAUGGCAAAAGAUGGCUACAAGUGGUGGGCCUCAAGAAUGAGGCGUGCUUUUGAGCUUUAUGACGAGUUUCGAAUCGAUCACUUCCGUGGGCUUGCAGGAUAUUGGGCAGUUCCUGCUGAUGCUGAAACAGCAAUUGAUGGUCGCUGGAAAAUGGGACCAAGAGUCGAGUUUUUCAACGCUAUAAAGAAAGCCGUGGGGAAAAAGAUUGACAUCAUUGCCGAAGACCUGGGGAUCAUAACCACGGACGUUGUGGAGCUUAGAAAGGCGAUUGAAGCGCCGGGCAUGGUUGUGCUACACUUCGCCUUUGGGAACAACCCAACGAAUCCUCACAUAUUGCACAACCACGAGGUAGACCAAGUUGUUUACCCGGGAACGCACGACAAUGACACAAGUGUUGGAUGGUGGUCUAAAGCGAGCGAAGAAGACAAGGAAAAGGCAAGAAGUUACUUGCGCCUGGAAGACGAGGACGCCGUCUCCUGGGAGCUCAUGAGGGCGGCAUUCUCGUCCGUGGCACGCACGGCAAUCAUCCCAAUGCAAGACGUCUUGAGCCUCGACAGCGAUGCUCGGAUGAACACACCGGCGGUGAAGUCUGGGAACUGGGCAUGGAGGAUCGGCGAGAGCUCCAUCUUUGACGAGCUCACAGAAGAAGGCGAGAGAAUCAGAGGACUUCUUCACGAGUACAACCGGUUGCCGCGCUCGGAAGAAGAGCAUCGUUUGAUUGAAAAAUAAGUUUUUGGUCGUUGGGCCGUUGACCGUUGAACAGGCAUUGACCGGUCAUAGUUUUUGACCAUUUAAUGAUUCAGAGAAUUGGCGCGAA